GUUAAUAAUCCACCGACUUUUCGACCGCUUCUCCAUAUCCGGAAGUGGGCCGGGACGGCCCGGUACCCACCAGUGCUCUGAAAGGUCAGUCCUUGCCCACUUGAAACAAGCACAUCACUCCCUCUGUUGCGUCUGAUGGGCGCUCAGGCCAUCUUAACCUGGGCAUGUGUGAGUUCCACACAGACCUCGCCUGUGAAACACCAUUGGGUGAGAGGUAAGGGACACUUUUUCCGGCGAAGGGCGUUUAAAUACAGACGAGAAUCCGCUGUUCCUUAUCUAUCAGCCUCCAGGCCCACUGGAUCUUUCAGUCUCCACCGAAAGCACAACAGCACUCAAGCUCUCACAAAAUGGCACCUCUCGUUGCGACCACUCUUCCUAGCCUUGAUAAGUCUUUGGGGAUCCAGGAUCUCCACAAGAGUGGUUCCUUGUACAAUGAGCUUCUUGAUGACUGCGACCAACCGCCCCUCGCUGAUACACAAUAUCAUGAACUUAGCGGAUAUUUUUGUCCGCCACAAUGCCGACAAGGCCUUCGGAGUUCACUUAAUCCACGGCCAUUUCAAGAUACCCAAGAACACCGUCAUGCUCGGAAUCAACUUCGAGAAUCCCUCCCUUCGCUGGACUAACGCCACCAGUAUUGAUAAGAUCGACCUUGCCUCUGUUCAUGGACACAUCUUCGCUCUCACCAAAGAAGGCCUAUGUGCUUAUGAACUACAGGAUGGGCCCCUCCCUGACCUGUCUGACGUUGAGCUGGGUUUCCUAGACGAGUUUAUCGAAUAUAUUGUCAAGAAUAAUCUCGCGAACCUCGUCGGCCUUCAAGUUCUUGGGUGCGUUGAUAGCUCCAUGUUGGAACUCAUUCUCGAUCAAGGAACUGUCAUGCUGGAUUCGUCUAUUGUCAAGAACACUGUACCAACGCGCGUCACGGGUUGGAGAUUCGAGUCUGUCAAUGGCAAACCCCGUGUUUGCUCGGCGAAUGAAACUCACGCAAAAAUGAACUCAGGCAACCACAAGGUUUUCAAUGCUGGAAAGCCCCUCCCCAAGCUGGAAAAUGUCGAAGAGCUGAAGGCCGCUCUCGUUGGGGCCGGGGUUCUUUGAUCUACCGUCACAUUGGGUGCCCCAUGUUAGUGUAGCUACAUUUUGUCAAUCAUUUGAACCUCAUAUGUCAUUUUUUAAAGCGCAUCUUUGAUCCAGUAAAUCCAGUUUAGUCACGCAGUUCCAUAAAUCUUGUGGGGUUAAUCAACAAUCCAUCUAGAAGGCGCAUGUUAUACGCCCCAUUUUCAUCGUCCUGGAUAGGUACUGGCUUCGGCAUAUUUGCAAAACGACCCGUAAAGCCGUAUGAGAGCAGCAGGCCCAUGCGUCUUGCCAACUUUAUGAUUCUGAUACUUUCGUUACUUAAUCCUCCAGCCUCCUGUUUGAAUGUACUCCAGAACAGCUCCUCUAAAGUGCCGUAGUCGUCGUAUCUGAUAAGCCCACUCUUGAGGUGGACCUUGCUUAUCAGUAGCUCGUGAGAGUGAAGGUCGAGGCCAAAUGGCGCAACC